GCCUUUAGUUCAACGCCAGCUUCCGAAGACGUCUGUACGUCCCGUCGACCGUCUCACAGAUCGCCGAGUGUUUCUUGUGUUCGGAACAAUAUCGUCGAUCCCAUUCAACCAGUGGGCUUGUGCUAUUAACUAUCUUCCCUACGAGAAAAUCCUCCGUGAAGAAGAAAUUUUUUUUUUUCAAAAAAGUUCUUUUUGUAUUUUAUUGAGUUCAGUGAUUUCCUUUUUGGAUUUUGAGAAAAAAUGGAAUUGCUCAUUCUUCUUCUGCACCUCUUCAUUCUUAAAGAUGUGCAAGCGUUUAAGGUAAGCGUUGUGACUGGCAAGGAAAUGGUGGUCCAGGCAGGUCAAGAAUUGGUGAUUUUAUGCCAGGCUGGCGUCAGCUUGGGCAAUUGUCAGUUUGAAGUGCCUGGCGAUGGUUCCUUGACCUUGAACAUGAACCAGAAGCCAUACAAGAACAUCGUCUACUAUGGAGAAGGAUAUAACAAAGGACAGUGCGGUCUCAAUCUGAGGCAUGUACAAGAUUACCACAACGGACUGUUCAAAUGCAGCCUGACCGAGGAAGGGAAUGUCCCUAAUUUUAGUGAGGACAUCAACGUUGUCGUGGCUCAGAAACCUUUAGUGCCAAGUUUAAGCAUUAAAGGAAACAGGGAGAAAGAUUCCUUUUCAGAAAAUGAAGAGAUGUAUGCAACCUGUAAAGUUGAAAAUGGAAGACCAGCAGCUAAUAUCUCCUGGUACAUAGGGGAUGAAAAAAUUACAACCGGCUUAUCCCAGUUGAAUACAGUCGAUGUUAACAACAAACAUCUUUACACAGUAACUCAGAACAUGACACGAACGGUACUUGCAAGUGACAAUGGAAAGGCGUUAAAGUGCGUAGCCGGCCACCCACUUCUACAGAACGGACCGAACACCACUAUGCAACAAAUCAGAGUCAGAUUCGGACCUAAACCGAGGACUGAACCCAUCGAGCAUUUCGGCCUCGUCGAAGGUGAAGAGGGAAAAAUUUCAGCAGUUAUCAUGGCCAACCCGAAACCUACAUUUUAUUGGAUUAUUGAUGACGAGAAGAUUCACGAGGGUGACAUGGACUCGACUCAGAGGUUCCAUCUUACACCAGCGACUGAAAAAGUCGAUAAGGGUAUGGGCUAUUGGGAAUCUGUAAUGGUUGUUACAAAUCUCGAGAAGGAGGAUGUCAUGAGAAGUUACAAGGUGGUUGCGCUCAACAAAUACGGUGAACAGACUUACACUGUUAAAAUAUCAACAAAUCCUGAACCAAAAAUGCUGGAACUUGGAGUCGCAACAAUAUUUGGUAUCGUAAUUGCAAUCCUUGUGAUUCUGACACUUACAGCUAUUCUCGUGUUUGCUCGCGCCAAAGGCAGGUGGUGUUUUGCAGAAAGAAGCGGACCACAUUUAGCGGGAGAAUCCAGUGAUACAGAAUCAGCUGAACACCAUGCACACAAGAAGCCUAAAAUGACAUUCACGGCAGUUUUCAAGAAGAAAAAUGACAAAGUUGCUUCUGAGCCAGACCCUGAUAGCAAAGAUGUAACAGUCAAGGGUGAACAGAAAAAUGGCCAGGAAGAGCAAGGCAGAUUGAACCCAGAAAUCAGGAAUAUCCCUAGUGACGAAGGUGUAGUCUACGCCGAACUCGACCUCCAACAGAAUGCUCAGGGAAGGGCACUCCUUGUCCGACCGGAAGACGAGAAAACCGAAUAUGCAGAGAUCAUUCACACUAAAGAGAACAAAGUGUAGAUUGAAAUUACGACUGAUACAAUUCUAGACUAGGAGGGCAAAUAGCUCGUGAAUCUCUUAGCGAUUCAGUCACUGAGAAAAAGUUAUAAAUGAAAUAACUUUACUUUUUUAUUUUUAUUUACAUGCAGUUGUUGUUUUAUACCACUGUGUAUUUCAAUUUAUAUUUUUUCUUUAUAAUUACCUAUAAACUUGCAAGGAAGUUGUUUUAAUUUAUCAAAAGAAAAGACUUGAUAGAUUUAUAAUUUAAAUUUAAUUUUUUCUAAACAUUUUUUCUUCUCUUUUUAAAUGUUACCAUUUGGUAGAAGUAUAAAAACUUUAGACAAUGCAAUUUUUCAAUUUACCAUUGCACCCCUAAAUUCACUAGAUUGAACAUUUUCUUUUAAUAUGAUAUAUACCAAGUGCAGCUUAUUAUGGAACACAACAUAUCAUAAAAAAAAUUUCAUAUAUUUAUAAAUGAUAAUUAACUAUAAUGUAUAAUGUCAAAAUUGUAAUUUCUAGGCAAAAAUUUAAAAUUUUAUUUUCAAUUUGUUUGAUUUGAACAUUGUGCCAAUCAAUUUAUAAUAUCUUUUGAAUUGACAAUUUAAUAAAAUAAUAUUUUGUGCAAUUUUAGUCUUAUGUAAUUUUUUUGUUUAUUAAAAUUAGAAGAGAUAGAACAUCUUUAUCAGGGAAAAGUAUUUUU